AUGUACGCGGUGCUGGUGGACGAGCCUUACAUCUGCGAUGUCCUGGAAGGAGCCACGCUGGAGGAAGACGGCACAGUUCUGGUGGAGGGAGUGCAAGGUAGUGAGCAGACAGCAGGGAAGACGGAAGAGCCUCAAGCAGCAGGCUCAAAGCAAGAAGGUGUGCUGGAAAUAACGUACCUCAUGCCAAAAGAGUUGAGAGCUCCCAGACCGCAGAAGGCGGAGCUGCAGAAAGCGCGAAGCAUUGCAGAGCUCAGUGAUGACAUGGACGUGAAGGUCUUCCCACACCUAUUUCCUACCGGAACGGGUGGAUGGCAGAACGGUUAUGGGAGCUUGUCGCAGUACGCUCGCAAGCGCCUCCUGGGGCUGGAUCCGCGCUUCCAGGCAUCGCCGGCCUACAUCAUGUGGCUCCUGGAGAUGCACAUUAAGAAGCGCCUCUCGGGCAACAUCAACGUGAGGAUUGGUGGCCAGCCUCCGAACGCGAAGAGCAAGUAUCAAGAGGGCAGAAGUCAUGUGUUCACGGCUCUAAGGGACAUUCCUGGCACGAGCUCGUACGUGUUUGCGAAGAAAGGCGUGGCGCUGAACAUGUACGAACAGCUGGGCACGCCCAGGUUCUUCAUGACGCUCUCCUGCCACGCCCGACAGCCGGACAUUCUGAUUGCAGUCAUCAUGGCUCGGCUGCUGCAGCUGCACCCCGAGAAGCCGCCGCACGAGCUUGAGCGCGAAGCUGCGCAAAUUUUGCAGUGCUAUCAAGCCGACAAGAAGUUUACUUGGGACG